CGCACGGCACCCUGGCAUGGCUAUUCAAGCCGCACGCUUUCACUUUCGCUCACUCCCUUCGUCUUGUUCUUGGUUUGCGGGCAACCGGUCUUCGCCAUGAACAGCGCCUUUGUUGUCAGCGCAGCGUCGCUGCUGUCCUCUCUUUUUGCUCCCCUUGCUUAUGCCCAGGCUACCUUUGUCCACAAUGCCACUGGCAUCCAGUUCUGGCGCCAGGUCGUCGACCCGGCCCAGACGCCUGGUGGUUUUGAGUGGGGUAUGGCUCUGCCCCCAGACGCGACCGGAAACAACUACGACUACAUUGGAUACAUGAAAGGUUCGCUCACCGCCGGCCAGGGUUGGUCUGGUUUCAGUCACGGCGGUGCCAUGCCUAACAAGCUUCUGCUUGUCGCCUGGCCUGACAAGGACACGGUCAAGACUGGCUUCUACUUUGCAACUGGCUACAUUGCGCCCGAUGACUACACUGGCAACGCCACCCUGAGCCAGAUCUACCACAAAGUCACCGACUCUUACUUUGAGGUUGUCUACCUUUGCAAGAACUGCUGGGUCUGGGACCAGCAAGGUGCCGCAGGCAACCAACUCCCCACUGGCGAGGUGCAGGUGGUCGGAUGGGCUCAGCACGACAAGGUCUACGCGGGCACCUGGGCGCAACACAACAAGGGCCAGUCCCUUUUUGGUGCCCAGGUAGCUCCCGCCAGAAACGCAAAGUACGCUGACUGGGCCAAGCUGGCUGGCACUUCGCCUUCACCAACAUCGCCUGGCACCACCCCUUCUAGCACCCCCGCGCCAACUGCGCCCGUCUCGUGCCAGGGCUCACCUGCCCCUACCGGCUCCUUCGACUACAUUGUCAUUGGUGGCGGCGCCGGAGGUAUCCCCGUGGCUGACAAGCUCUCUGAAUCUGGCAAGAGCGUUCUGCUGCUCGAGAAGGGCCCGCCAUCUCUUGCACGCUUUGGCGGAACCAUGGGUCCUGACUGGGUCACCAGCAACAACCUCACUCGCUUCGAUGUCCCCGGUCUCUGCAACCAGAUCUGGGCCGACUCUGCUGGUGUCGCCUGUACCGACAUUGACCAGAUGGCCGGUUGCGUCCUCGGUGGUGGUACCGCUGUCAACGCUGCUCUUUGGUGGAAGCCAAUUGAUAUCGACUUUGACUACCAAUUCCCCAACGGCUGGAAGUCUUCUGACGUCAAGGGUGCCAUCGACCGUGUCUUCAAGCGCAUUCCUGGCACAGACACUCCUUCAAUGGACGGCAAGCGUUACAAGCAGGAAGGCUACGACGUCCUCUCUGGUGCCCUUGCUGCCGGUGGCUGGAAGAACGUUGUCGCAAACGACCAGCCCAACCAGAAGAACAGGACUUUCUCUCACUCGCCUUUCAUGUACGAGAACGGACAGAGGCAGGGUCCUCUCGGCACCUACAUGGUCAGUGCUCUCAAGAGGUCAAACUUCAAGCUCUGGACCAACACCAUGGCGCGCCGCGUUAUCCGCAAUGGUGGUGUGGCCACUGGUGUUGAACUCGAGAGCGGUGUCGGUGGCAAGGGCUACUGUGGUACUGUCAACCUGAACCCUGGUGGCCGUGUCAUCCUUUCCGGUGGUGCUUUUGGAUCUUCCAAGGUUCUCUUCCGCAGUGGUAUUGGGCCAAAGAGCCAGCUCGACGUCGUCAAGGCCAGCGCCCGCGAUGGGUCGACCAUGAUCAAGGAGUCUGACUGGAUUAACCUUCCCGUUGGAAAGAACCUCAACGACCACGUCAACACCGAUCUCGUCAUCAGACACCCCAACGUCUCCUUCUACGACUUUUACAAGGCGUGGGACACCCCCAUCCAGGCUGACAAGGACCUGUACCUUAGCAAGCGCGCCGGUAUCCUUGCUACCUCGGCCCCCAACAUCGGCCCUCUUGCUUGGGAAAUCAUCAAGGGAUCGGAUGGAAUCGACCGCUCGCUUCAGUGGACUGCUCGUGUUGAGGGCCCUGGCGCAAAUGACACGCACUCCAUGACCAUCAGCCAGUACCUCGGUCACGGCUCUACCUCGCGCGGUGAGCUCUCCAUCAACGGUGCUCUCAAUGUCUUUGUCAGCAAGGCGCCAUACCUCCAGAAUGAUGCCGAUACCGGUGUCGUGAUUGCAGGCAUCAAGAACUUGAUGACGGCUAUCAAGAAGAACCCGGCCAUCGAAUUCCAGGUCCCCGCCCCAGGCACCACAGUUGAGGAAUACGUUGCUAGCCUGCCUUUGACCCCGGCUAGGCGUCGCUCCAACCACUGGAUCGGUACCGCCAAGCUCGGAACCGACAGCGGACUGAGCGGUGGAAGCUCUGUUGUUGACUUGAACACCCAAGUCUACGGAACCGAGAACAUCCACGUUGUCGACGCCUCCAUCUUCCCUGGCCACAUCUUCACCAACCCUACAGCCUACAUUGUCGUGUUGGCCGAGCAUGCCGCAGCCAAGAUCCUCGCUCUCGGUGCAAGCAACGGUGGAAAACCCACCACGGCACCUACUGCUAGCCCCACUGUCAAGCCCACGUCCACGCCUGCUCAGUCAUCGGCCAAGCCCACCACCACUGGUGUUGCCAAGGCCUACGAACAAUGCGGCGGCCAAGACUACAAGGGCCCUACCACUUGUGUCACUGGAUUCAGGUGCCAGUACACCAACCAGUAUUACUCCCAGUGUGUUCCCAACUAAGUAACCUGAGAUGGUUUUGGAGCCCUGGUUUGCGGCGACUUUCCAUGUUGUACAUACAGUGCAUU